CACAGCAACUCCAAAAAGACAAGAGAGGAGAAGAGUUUGCAAGGAGAAAAUAAGAGAGAGAAAACAGCUUCUUUCUUUUUACAUCAGCAAACUGGUGGAUAUCAAACCUACAUCAAAAGAAAUCUCGAAGAACAAAAAGGGAUUUUCUCUGUUUCACAGCUAAGAGGAAAAUAAUAGCAUUUGUUAUAGUUCUGUUUUCUAUUUAUAUUCACCACAAAUACAUACUUAUUUUUAGAGGACGUUCGAAGUGUAGCAGGACUUUUGUUUUUUUUGCAUAGAGGGGUGGACAGAGAGAAGUAAGGGUUUGGUUGAAGAAGAGCUGGCUGCAGUGGCGGUGAAGAUGCCUGUCAGAGGUAGCUGUUGUGGGGCAGGCAUGGGCAGGCUGGCUGGGCAGCCGCUCUGGAUGUGGGUGGUGAUGCUCUCUGCGCUGCUCAUGGGCAAUGUCAGUGCCUGUCCAGCCCUGUGUACCUGCAGCGGCACCACAGUAGACUGCCAUGGACUGGGUCUCAAAACCAUGCCAAGGAAUAUCCCCCGCAAUACUGAAAGACUGGAGCUGAAUGGGAAUAACCUCACACGCAUCACCAAGAGUGACUUCGCUGGACUCAAGUACAUCCGAGUUUUGCAGCUGAUGGAGAAUCAGAUUACUGUGAUCGAGCGUGGGGCUUUUGACGACAUGAAGGAGAUGGAGAGACUGCGGCUGAACCGUAAUCAACUGCAGCAGUUUCCUGAGUUGCUGUUUCAGAAGAACCCUGCCCUCUCUCGACUAGAUCUGAGCGAGAACUUCAUCCAGUCCAUUCCCAGAAAAGCCUUCAGAGGAGCUACGGACAUCAAAAACCUUCAGCUGGAUAAAAACCACAUCAGCUGCAUCGAGGAUGGAUCCUUCAGAGCUCUGAGAGGCUUGGAAGUGCUAACGCUGAACAACAACAACAUCAGCAGCAUCCCCGUCUCCAGCUUCAACCACAUGCCCAAGCUACGGACCUUCCGUCUCCACUCCAACAAUCUGAACUGUGACUGUAACCUAGCCUGGUUGGCCCAGUGGCUCAGACAGAGGCCUACAAUUGGUCUAUUCACCCAGUGUACUGGCCCUUCUGAGCUCAAAGGACUCAAUGUGGCAGAGGUACAGAAACACGAAUUCAGCUGCUCAGGUCACCAGGAAUCCUCCAGCUUUCAGCCAUGCAACAUUGGCGUGGGCUCGUGCCCUGCCAUGUGCACCUGCAGCAACAACAUCGUGGACUGCAGAGGGAAAGGUCUCACUGCCAUCCCAGCCAACCUACCCGACACCAUGGCUGAGAUACGUCUGGAGCAGAAUGGGAUUAAGUCUGUUCCUCCUGGAGCCUUUUCUCCCUACAAGAAACUGCGUAGGAUAGACCUGAGCAACAACCACAUCUCAGAGAUCGCUCCUGAUGCCUUCCAGGGUCUGCGCUCCCUCAACUCCCUCGUGCUGUAUGGAAAUAAGAUCACUGACCUACCCGAGGGGGUGUUUGACGGCCUCUACGCCCUGCAACUGCUGUUGCUGAAUGCCAAUAAGAUUCACUGUGUUCGUGCAAACGCCUUCCAGGACCUGCAGAAUCUCUCACUGCUAUCGCUCUACGACAACAAGAUCCAAACCCUCGCCAAGGGCACCUUUACUUCCCUACGAGCUAUCCAGACCCUUCACCUGGCCCAGAACCCAUUUAUUUGUGACUGUAAUCUGAAGUGGCUGGCAGACUACCUGCGCGCCAACCCCAUCGAGACCAGCGGCGCCCGCUGUGCCAGCCCUCGCCGACUCGCAAACAAACGCAUUGGACAGAUCAAGAGCAAGAAGUUCCGCUGCUCCGCCAAAGAGCAGUACUUCAUCCCAGGCACAGAGGACACCCAUCUGAAUAAUGUCUGUAACAGUGAUCCAGUGUGUCCUCCUAAAUGCCGCUGUGAGUCAAAUGUUGUGGACUGCUCCAACCUGAAGCUGACCAAGAUCCCUGAGCACAUCCCCACAUCCACCAGUGAACUCCGCCUUAACAACAAUGACAUCACUGCUUUGGAGGCAACUGGAGUUUUCAAGAGUCUUUCCGAACUGAAGAAAAUUAACCUUAGCAACAACAAGAUCACAGAGAUUGAGGAUGGGUCAUUUGAAGGCGCAUCGACCGUCAACGAGCUUCACCUCACGGCCAAUCACAUCGACUCGGUCCGAAGUGGGAUGUUCCGUGGCCUAGAGGGCCUGCGUAUGCUGAUGCUGAGAAACAAUAAGAUCAGUUGCAUCCACAACGACAGUUUCACCGGGCUGCACAAUGUUCGCCUGCUGUCUCUGUACGACAACCAGCUGACCACAAUCACUCCCGGAGCCUUCGACACUCUGCAGACACUCUCCACCCUUAACCUCUUGGCCAACUCCUUCAACUGUGACUGCCGGCUGGGCUGGCUUGGCGAUUGGCUGAGGAGUAGGAAGAUCGUGACCGGUAACCCUCGCUGCCAGCGUCCCGCCUUCCUGAAGGAGAUUCCUCUGCAGGAUGUGGCCCUGCCUGACUUCCGCUGUGAGGAGGGCCAAGAGGAACCGUCAAGCUGUGUGCCCAGACCCCAGUGUCCCAGUGAGUGCACCUGCCUCGAGACUGUGAUGCGCUGUAGUAACAAGCACCUCCACACACUGCCCAAAGGCAUUCCCAGAAACGUGACUGAACUGUAUCUGGAUGGAAACCAGUUCACUGUUGUGCCAAAGGAACUAUCCACCUUCAAACACCUGCAGCUGGUAGACCUGAGCAACAACAAGAUCACCUCUCUGACCAACUCGUCCUUCGCUAACAUGAGCCAACUCACAACUCUAAUCCUGAGCUACAACUCCCUGCGUUGUAUCCCCAAAAUGGCCUUCAGUGGACUGCACUCUCUCCGACUGCUGUCUCUCCAUGGCAACGAAAUCUCAGAGCUUCCUGAUGGCAUCUUCACCGAUGUGGCCUCACUGUCCCACUUGGCAAUUGGUGCCAACCCCUUGCACUGUGACUGUCGCCUCCGCUGGUUAUCUGACUGGGUGAAGACCAGCUACAAAGAGCCCGGCAUCGCCCGUUGUGCUGGCCCACCGGGCAUGGAGGGCAAAUUGCUGCUCACCACACCUGCUAAGAAGUUUGAAUGUAUAGGUGAUGUGGACAUGACCGUGCUGGCCAAGUGUAACCCCUGUCUGUCCAGUCCCUGUCUGAACCACGGCAUUUGUCACAGCGACACAAUGGAGAUCUACAGGUGCAGCUGUCCUCCAGGAUUCAAGGGCAAGAACUGUGAGACAGCUCUGGAUGCCUGUGUGAGUAACCCAUGUGCCAAUGGAGGAACCUGCCAAGUGAAGGAGGAGGAGGGGCAAUACAGUUGCUCAUGUCCUCUGGGCUUUGAGGGCCCCACUUGCCAAACCAACAUUGACGAAUGUGAGGGCGACGACUGUGAGAACGGUGCAACCUGCGUCGAUGGAGUCAACAACUACACUUGUUUGUGUCCCCCCUACUACACGGGGGAGCUGUGCGAAGAAAUGGAGGAUGUGUGCGCCCCAGGACGGAGCCCCUGCCAACAUCAGUCUACCUGCCUCAUCACCUCCACCGGCCCCAAGUGUGUGUGCUCUCCUGGUUAUGUUGGUGACGACUGCAGUGUAGACUACAAUGACUGUGAGGAGCAUCGCUGUCAGAGUGGAGCUCAGUGUGUGGACGAGCUGAACGGAUACUCCUGCGACUGUCCUAAAGGAUACAAUGGUCAGUUGUGUGAGGUUCUCCCAUCUCCACUGUCCUUAUGUGAGCUGGCCGACUGCCAGAACAACGCACCGUGUGUGGAGCGAGGCGGGCGGGCCCUCUGCCAGUGUCCGCCGGAGUUCGGGGGUCCAAGCUGCGAGAAGCUGGUCAGCGUCAACUUCAUUGACAGAGACUCCUACCUACUGCUCUCUGACCUCAAGAACUGGCCACAGGCCAACAUCACCUUGCAGGUGUCCACAGCUGAGGAUAAUGGCAUCCUGCUGUACAAUGGCGACAACGAUCAUAUUGCAGUGGAGCUCUACCAAGGUCAUGUCAAGGUCAGCUAUGACACCGGCAGCCAGCCAGGACAUAGCAUCUACAGUUCUGAGACUAUUAACGAUGGCCAGUUCCACACUGUGGAGCUUGUGACCUUUGACCAGAUGGUGAACCUGUCCAUUGACGGAGGUCUACCUACAACAAUGGACAGCUUUGCGGUGGUGCGGCCCCACAACGGGGAGGCUCCACUAUACGUGGGGGGUAGGGGCCCUCUCCAGAACACACCUCCCUCCUCUGCAGGCAUGCCAGUGGAUGUCCACUCCGGCGCUUUCCGUCUCUGGCAGCUCCAGAACGGUUCCAGUUUCCAUGGCUGUAUCCAGAACCUAUACAUCAACAAUGAGCUCCAGGACUUCACCAAGACACAGAUGAAGCCUGGCGUGGUGCCGGGCUGCGAGCCCUGCAAGAAGAUCUACUGUGUCCAUGGCAUAUGCCAGCCUGAUGGCUUCCGGGGACCAGUGUGCCACUGCCAGCCCGGCUGGAGCGGGCCCCGCUGUGACGAGAUAGCGCCCAACCCCUGCCAGGGCAGCAAGUGUGUCCAUGGGAAGUGCAUCCCUCUGGACUCUCAGUCGUAUCGCUGCGAGUGUGCGGAGGGUUUCCGCGGUGCCCUGUGCAACCAGCAGGGGGAGCUGUUCAACCCCUGCCGCCGCCUGUCCUGCAAACACGGUCGCUGUCAGAUCUCAGACUCAGGAGACGCCUUCUGUCACUGUGAAAGUGGCUACACUGGGGACCUCUGUGACGCAGAGUCUGAAUGCCGAGGGGAACCUGUGCGAGACUUCUACCAGGUACAGAGAGGUUACGCCAUCUGCCAGACAACACGCAUGGUUUCUUGGGUAGAGUGCUCUGGAGUCUGCGAUACAGGGGCCUGCUGCGCCAGCCAGCGGAUGAAACGCCGGAAAUACACCUUUGAAUGCAGCGAUGGAACAUCCUUCAGCGAGCAAGUAGAGAAGACCAUCAAGUGCGGCUGUAAGGGCUGCAUGUAGCACCAUUUACUCCCACUUCCUGCCGCCGAGCAGAAGAUAGAGAGAAAGGAAAGAAGAAAGAGGACUGGAGUAAAGCGAGGGAGGGAAAGAAAGAAAAAGAGAGAGUAUAAAGAAUAUAUAUAAAACCUCUAUCUAUAUAUUAUGGACAACAAUGUUUGUAAAAUAGGACAUUUCCUCCCCUUCCAAGGGUGUGUGACCUACAGUAACACAGAGAAAGCAACAUCACGAGCAACAAUGUAGAGGUGACCACAGCAGCAACAGAACCGUUGUGUCUGCAACAUUGUUCCAAGCGGUCCAGAGAUUUCAAAGGUUUUGCAUUCAGAGCGAGGCAUCCCUCCAUCCAAAUGACCCAGUGUAGAUUCCCCAUCCAUCUGUGAGGCCUCUGGCAACCUGGCCACCAUCUACCAUCUUUGCUGGAGGCAGUGAGGACAUCGGGGUCCAGCCUGGCUAAGAAAUGGCAAAAGAGAGGAAGAGAAAGACAAAAAGAGAGAAACAGAGGGAUGAGAAGGGAGCUGGACCGUUUGACUUGGCAAAGCUAUCUUGAGUUGAGCUUGGCUGGGUUACCUGGAGAGGGCUGGAUAUGGUUUGGUUCGAGUUAAAGUUGUUGUUGGUUUGGUGUAGUAAUUUCUCUGCCGGGAUACACUCAUCCAUCCACACGUGCACAUGUCGAAGUGAACAAAGAACAGGUAGGGUUAGAGUGGCACAUAAUCCAGUGCGGAUGUGGUGACUUUGAGGCCAGGUGGUCUGGCUGUGAGGUACCGUAACAUAGAAACUCCAUAAAAAUAGAGACUGCACUGACUAGCAGCACUGAAGAGGACAGUCUCUGAAGUCCUCGUGGCAUACACACAUGUCCAGUCUUAACACUUCUAAGAGUGACAGGGCUUGUGUCUGGUUCAAAGAUGUAAUCUGUUUGCAUAACUGCCCUGGUGCUGGCAGGGCCCAGCAUUUAUCAUUCCCCCAGCAUGCAUUGCCUCAGGGUUAGGAUGAUUUGCAUAAUCCCACCCCCUUUGGGCAGGAGGCUGUUUAGUAUUAAACGUGUGCAAACUGUUGCAUGUGUGGAGAAGUUUGCCAACAAAUAUGUAGAGCUUCUUAAUAUCUUUAUACAUUUUAUCAAAAAAGGUUGCAGAUUCAUCUUGUGAUUUUUAUUUUGUUCUGUCUAAUUUGUCAUAUUGAUUUGUUUUCUUUUGUUGUUAUUUUUUGUUAUAUUUUGUCUCACGAUGUAACCUAACUCCUUUAGCCACCCCCCAACAACUCUUUAUAUAGAAAUGCCUAACAGAUUCUAAUAUAUAUAUUUGUAUUUCAUUUUGGUAUAGUAUUUUUCUAUGUUAAAGAGUAAGUCUGUUUCUGGAAGCUUUGGGACUGGUGGUAAGGCAUUCGGUUGGUUCCCUCUGUGUUUUUAUUUGUUGAUCUCACUUGCUUCAACAAGGUAAUUAAUUACAUUAAUUGGCCAAAAAUACAGCAGAUGGUUGGCCUUGUUGUAUAUGAGGCAGUAUUGGUCUAGAAAUAUGUUUAAUAUUGUAUAUGUUGUCUUCCAUGUGAAUAUUACAUAUAAUUCAUGAGA